GUCUGCGGGCCGGGAGGGGGGCUCCUGCCGGCGUCCAGGCGGGGACCGUCGCCGGCCUUUCCCUGUGCCGGGUGCCUCCAGGCUGGACCGGCCGGGCAGUCAGCAUGGCGGGGCCCCAGAGCGUCUCCUUGGUGCUGCUGCUUCCUCUGCUGCUGCCACUGGGGCCAAUCUGGCAUGCAGCUGCCCAGCGCUGCCCACAGACCUGCAUCUGUGACAAUUCCAGGCGUCACGUGGCCUGCCGGCACCAGAACCUCACUGAGGUGCCAAAUGCCAUUCCUGAGCUGACGCAGCGGCUGGACCUCCGGGGCAACGUGCUGAGGGUGAUCCCUCCAGCUGCCUUCCAGGACCUGCCUUACCUGACACACCUGGACCUGCGGCACUGCCAGGUGGAGCUGGUGGCCGAGGGCGCCUUCCGCGGCCUGGGCCGCCUGCUCCUCCUCAACCUGGCCUCCAACCGCCUGAGCGCACUGCCCCAGGAGGCGCUGGACGGGCUGGGCUCGCUGCGGCGGCUGGAGCUGGAGGGGAACCUGCUGGAGGAGCUGAGGCCGGGGACGUUCGGGGCGCUGGGCGCGCUGGCCACGCUGAACCUGGCCCACAACGCCCUGGUCUACCUGCCGCCCAUGGCCUUCCAGGGGCUGGUGCGUGCCCGCUGGCUGCAGCUGUCCCACAACGCGCUCAGCGUGCUGGCCCCCGAGGCCCUGGCCGGCCUGCCCGCCCUGCGCCGGCUCAGCCUGCACCACAACGAGCUGCAGUCCCUGCCGGGGCUGGCCCUGUCCCAGGCCCGCGGCCUGGCCCGCCUCGAGCUGGGCCACAACCCCUUCACCUACGCGGGCGAGGAGGACGGGCUGGCGCUGCCCGGCCUGCGGGAGCUGAGGCUGGAGCACGGGGCCCUGCAGGCCCUGGACCCCAGGGCCUUCGCCCACUGCCCCCGCCUGCACACCCUGGACCUCCGUGGGAACCAGCUGGACGCCCUGCUGCCGCCGCAGGGCCCGGGGCAGCUGCGCCGGCUGCUGCAGGGGAACCCGCUGUGGUGCGGCUGCCGCGCGCGGCCGCUGCUCGAGUGGCUGGCGCGGGCGCGCGUGCGCUCGGACGGCGCGUGCUGGGGGCCGCGGCGCCUGCGCGGCGAGGCCCUGGAGGCCCUGCGGCCCUGGGACCUGCGCUCGGGAGCCGGGGCGCUGGAGGACGAGGAGGAGGAGGAGGAGCUGGGGCCGCGGCCCCGCGCCCCUGCCGGCGCCCCCAAAGAGGAGGCCGGGGCGGCCCGGCCCUGCCCGCGCGCCUGCGUGUGCGUCCCCGAGUCCCGGCACAGCGGCUGUGAGGCCCGGGGCCUGCGCGCCGUGCCCCGCGGCUUCCCCAACGACACCCAGCUCCUGGACCUGAGGCGGAACCACUUCCCCCUGGUGCCGCGAGCGGCCUUCCAGGGCCUGGGCCGGCUGGUGUCGCUGCACCUGCAGCACUGCGGCAUCACAGAGCUGGAGGCGGGCGCCCUGGCGGGCCUGGGCAGCCUGAUCUACCUCUACCUCUCUGACAACGGGCUCUCAGGCCUCAGCGCUACCGCCCUCGAAGGGGCGCCCCGCCUUGGCUACCUGUACCUGGAGCGCAACCGCUUCCUGCAGGUGCCAGGGGCCGCCUUGGGCGCCUUGCCCAGCCUCUUCUCCCUGCACCUCCAGGACAACGCCGUGGACCGCCUGGCACCCGGGGACCUGGCAGCCGGGCGGGCCCUGCGUUGGCUCUACCUGAGUGGGAACCGUCUCACCCAAGUGUCCCCUGGGGCGCUGGGCCCAGCUCAGGAACUGGAGAAGCUGCACCUGGACAGGAACCAGCUGCCAGAGGUGCCCACGGAGGCCCUGGAGGGGCUGCCUGCCCUCCUGGAGCUGCAGCUCUCGGGGAACCCGCUCAGGGCCCUGCAAGAGGGGGCCUUCCGGCCCGUGGGCCGCUCACUGCAACACCUCUUCCUGAACAGCAGUGGCCUGGAGCAGAUUUCUCCUGGGGCCUUCUCGGGCCUGGGACCCCAGCUCCAGAGCCUGUACCUGCAGAAGAACCAGCUGCAGGCUUUGCCCCCGCUGCCCGGUCUCCGCCAGCUGGAGCUUAUUGACCUUAGUGGCAAUCCCUUCCAUUGUGACUGCCAGCUGCUCCCGCUUCACAGGUGGCUCACUGGGCUGAACCUGCGUGUGGGAGCCACCUGUGCCACCCCUCCCAGUGCCCGAGGCCAGAGGGUGAAGGCUGCAGCUGCUGUCUUUGACGCCUGCCCCGGUGGGGCCACCAGGAAGGCCAAGCGGACGCCAGCCCCCAGGCGUGGUGCCCAGAGAACUCCCAGGAAGAGAAGACAGCACGGAGCAGACAAGGUGGGGAAGGAGCAGGCCCGCCUCUGAGCCCCAGAGCCGCCGGCCGCCUGGACCCGCGCAGGAGGCUCUUACUCUCAUCAGGAACGGGCUCCGACGAGAUCUUCUCUGCGGCCUGCGGGUCAUCCUCCAGCAGGGGCUUCUUGGACCCCUGUCUGAGGGGCCGGGUCUUGGUUGGUGGUAUUCUUUUUCCUUUGAAUAAAAACAGAAUGUGGA